AUGGGACGUGAGGAGCAUGGAAGGGACUUGGGCAUGGACGCAGCUCAACUGGAUACGCAAAGGAAGAAGGAGGAAGCCAUCUUGAAGACCAGCUCGACCGUCUACUCGACCAACCGGUCGAGUUCCUCAACUCGACCGGCCAAGCUUCAACUCGAUCGAGCUGAGAAGUCAAAGUCAAACCCGAAAAAUACGAUUCUCCACAUGGAAGUGAUGGAAAUCGUUGGAAAAGGUCCACUAAGAGCUCCAAUAACUCUUGCUCUCGAAAUGGAGUUCAUAGGGGUUGGAUGGAUUAGUUUGAGCAAUGAUCCUAUGGCCUCCAAGGCUUGA